AUUAUAAGAAAUUGGUAUGGUGUAAUCCAUUUUAAAAAUUAUUUCUUAACUUUAGAUUUUAUCCGAUUUUUAUUCUAUAAUGCCAUAUUCACCAUAUGAAAAUCAUGUUUCAAGUGAUUCGAAUACCUUUCAUUCAUCUUCACAUUCACAUAACUCCAACAGGGAUAGAUCUUCUUCUCACAGAAAUGAUAGAAUAGAGAAUACUACUCGUAGAUCAAGUUUUAACUCCAGUAGAGUCGGAUCAAUUCGUGAUCUAGUAAUAGAUACAAAUCGCAGGAGUAGGUAUAGAGAAAAUGGUUCUAUGAGUGAUGGUAGAACUCGAAGCAGUAGCAGAACCACUAGCGGUAAUCCAUACUCUAAUUCUAAUUCACCCUCUCGAUCACCUUCAAAUAACCGUUCCUCCCCUCCCACACAACCUGAUGAUUUAAAUAAUGAUUCCAAUAAUGUACCUAGUGGCACAAAGAUAAACAAGGCUAAAAGGCGUUUUUUACAACGCUGGGACUAUUCUAACGCAGAUUCAGUCCUAAACGAGUCCAACCCAGACGAUGUGGAAUCUCUCCCAUAUGUGUAUCAACAGAGCGAAUUUCUAAGAAUAUGUCAAGACAUAAUACGAAAAUGUGAUUCAGAAGAUGUGUUGAUAAAAUUUUUUGAGACUAUAGACAAGGGCGAAUCUUUUGAUUUAUCAUUAGUGAGGGACCAGCAACUGAAAAAGAAGCUCAGACAUUUAUCUAAGGCACUUUAUUUGGAACGCAAUGAUUCGCAAUUCAAGAGACCGCCAGAAUGUAAUAUAUCACUCCUCACCGUAUAUAAUGAAUUACUACCAUAUAUAAGAUUAAAAGUUAGCACACAAGGUGAAUAUACUAAACCUAAACAGACCUUAGAGUCAACUAAGGAAUCGUCUAAACAAAGUCCAGAAUCAAAGUUAACAGUUGAGGAAGCAUCGGAGUUGUUAAGUCUUAGAGAAAUGCACGAGCAAGGUUUCUUUGUGGAUUAUGAAAAUAUAGAGAAAGAAUUUACGAAACGUCAUAAACAGGUCGACCUUUGGGGGAAAACGCCCGCUGAACAAAAAGCUCUACUCGCAUCUCAAUCAGAUGAGAACGAUGAGCAACCUUGGAACCAUUUCGAUCGGGACCGUGAUUUUCUUAGCGCAAGCUCCGUUAAAGCUGGUAAAGUUGGUGAAAGAACUAAAUUGUUGGAUUCCACCAGAGAUUAUAAAGAAUCUUUUAAGCCGGUAGCUAAAACCUCAUCAUUCAUAUAAUUUUUUACUCUAGAUU